CACACAACAAGCAUCGAUUUCACCUCGCAGCGAGGGGACUUCUUUCCAAGAAUUCUUGAUAAACAACCGAGGCUGAGUCAAAGUUUCUGGAGAUAAAUACCCACAUGGCAUCUCAAACCAACAAUAUGAGUUACAUCCAUAAACCCCCACUUCGUCCAAUGGAAGCCAAAACCUUGCCACAGCUCUUUGAUGCUCACGCGAACGARCAUCCAGAUCGCGAUGCCUUUGUGUUCUACGCUGUUACUGGCCAGCGGUCUUCUUAUACAUUCCGCCAGAUCCAAGAAAUGUCUCUAGCCCUAGCUGCCUCGUUUCUACGUCUUGGAUGGAAGCGAGGCCAAAAGGUUGUCCAUAUGGUCCCAAAGCAGGUUGAGUUUGUGGUAUGUUACAUUGCACUUCUUCGGAUUGGAGUCAACACCAUAUUAUUACCUGUGCACGGACGGCCUGCUGAUGAAGUUGUUGCUUACAUGAAACGUCUCGGUUGCCAUGGAUUCAUCAUGCAUGUAGACUCGAUGAAUUCAUUUGACAUAAGAGGUAUUCAAACAGACAUAGGGCCUGUCGUAUUUAUUGGAUCUGACACCGAUAAAACACACCCCAACUGCAGAAAUUACAGCGACCUCCUUAGUCAAGGCAAAGAGCUUGGCGUAGACGAAGUUUGGAGAAGACAGGAAGAAGUACAGUUUGAUGAACCAGUUACAGUUACGCUGACGUCUGGCAGUACUGGUCGACCAAAAGCUGUUCAACUAACACAACACGCGCUAGUUAAUGGUUUGUUAUCCGUAGGUGAACCUUCUCGAUAUUUCAACGAUAGGCCAUUUUGCUGGAUUGGAGGCCUUGUAUCCAUUCUCUUGGUAAUGGUAAAUGGUAAUACAACUGUAGCUGUCCCGUCAAACAAAUCCACUAAAGAAGGAGACAUUGAUUUUGUGUUGAAGAUUCUUCAAGACGAGAAGUGCACAAGUGCGCUGUUGAUGCCGUACUUUAUGAAAGACAUGCUGCGUUGUCCAAGAGUAGAAGAUUAUGAUCUAAGUAGCUUAAAAAGCCUCGGUUUUGGAGGGCAGACCGUUCCUGUAUCUGACAUUAAAAGGCUAAAGGUCGUAUUUCCGCACUGCGAGCUGAUUUUAGUGUAUACUUUAUCCGAAUGCGGCACAAGCGCUAUGGCACUUCGAGUUUUUCUGCCAAAUACAGUCAUCGAGGAUGAAGCUCACAUUCCCAUGGAAAUUCUACCACCUUAUGAAGUCAAAAUCAUUGAUAAAACCAACAAGCUUGUCCCGCUAGGUACAGUGGGUGAAAUAGCAUUACGUUCUCCGACACAUUCUUAGAAUACCUAAAUGAUCCUGACGAAACGGCCAAAGUUAUCUCCCACUAGAUGGGUACACACAGGAGAUCUCGGAUACAUCGAUGAAGUAGGCAGAAUCAGAAUUUUUGGGAGAAAAACCGAUGUGAUAAAGCGAGCUACUGUCAAAAUUUACCCAGCAGAAAUUGAGCAAAUCCUAGUCAAACAUCCGGAUGUACAUAGUGUUCUAGUGGUUGGUGUCCCGGAUGCACGGCUGUACGAAGAGCUGUGCGCAUGCGUUAUCCCUAAAAGUGGAAGGUCAGUGGAUGGAAACGUGUUUGAAAAAUGGGAUUUAAAGUGUUCAGUGGACGAGCAAGGGCUGUCGUUGAAGCCAAAAUAUACAAUGGUCAUGGAGAGUUUUCCAGCUACAAAAUCAGGAAAGAUUGAUCGCAAAGCAUUGAGGGAAAUGGCGAUUACAAAGCUUGGAAUUCGUGCAGACGAGACUUAAAGACGACAUUGGCACAGGMACAGGCUACUCUCUUCGCUGUUCGGCAUGACGUCAAGCAUGUGAUGAAUCAGAUGCAUCAGACGAAUAGUUAGCUCUGAAGGGUUCGCCAUUUUGGAUUUGGGAGAGCUGACAAAUGAGUAGCCUAGAACGAAUCCACAUCAACGGCACCACCAACAAGAAUACAACAACAAAAUGCCACAACAUAGAAAUUAAACUUUUUAUGGGAAAAUAUUUACUGUGGUUUUCCAUAUUCUGCAAUAUUGGUAGUUACAAGCUGCACACAGAAAUCUUGGUAGUUCGCUGCCGUCAAUCAAAAAUAAUCAGUUGGUACCUUCUAUGUUCUYGACUGAUGUCAGUGAYAAACCAAUUUCACAGCAAGCCGUUGAAAUGCCUAAGUUCGCAGAAUAUGGAAAACUGCAGUACCCAGGGAAAGAAAAAUGAGAAAAUUCCAAACUUUGCUGCCUGUGGAAGAUUUUUCAGUAACUAGCUUCCUCUAUAGAUAGUGUAUCUAUGAAAAACUGUCAAUCCUAUUAAAACUCGUCAAAGUAGCA